AUGUCAGGAGUGAUGGACAAAGUUAAGGCCAAGGUCGACCAGGUGAUGCACAAGGACAAGACCCAUGGUAAGCACUUCCUGCAGACUGCCGAGGGCCUGAAGACCACCAUGAUCCCACCGGUCCUCACAGCUCUCAUACUGCCAACACUGCCGAUCCUACUGUACCUAAUACUUCCAAUGCUACCACUGGCACUGGGGGCUUCUCCGGUACCCACCAUGGCUCUGGUGUAA